ACUGGCGGGCGAGGGGGAAGUCCCGAGGCCCUUCCUUCCGCCAUGACUAAAAUGGCGGUGGCCUGUCGUGGGAGGAGGCAGUAGGGACGGCCCAGUCUCGGCCACUUUCCGCGGGAGUCGCAGGUCACCUGAGGCUUUGCACUGAUAGCUAUUCUACUGCCAAAAUGACAUCUUCCACCUCUGCACAAUUUCCAUCAAAUGAGAAAGCUUGCAGAACAUCAUCUGAAAGAAUCACACAGGUAAGACCCAAGCUGCCGCUCUUGAGAAUAUUGCAAACGGCAGGGGCUCAUGGUGAAACUUUUACAUUAAAGGAGAUCAUACAUUACCUUGGAGAAUAUAUUGUGCUGAAACAGCUGUAUGACAAAGAAGAACAACAUAUGGUGUAUUGUGAAGGAGACCAAUUAGGAGAUCUUCUGGGCCAUGAAAGCUUCUCUGUAAAAGAUCCAAGCCCGGUAUUUGAUAUGCUGAAAAGGAAUGUGACUCCUGCUUCUGUCACAGAUGCUGCACAGACACAUUCUCUCGCAAAGGAUCAGAGUGUGGAUAAUCCAAGCCAAGAUCAACUGAAGCAGAGUAGCACAGAGAGAAGUUCUAGCAUUGAAUAUAAAGAGGAAACAUCCAUCUUGUGUACCUUAAAAUCUGCCUGCAAAGAAGAUACAGUGGUAGAUAACCCAUCAAAAGAACAGACUUCAUUGGAUGUGGUGCUUGAAGAGUGGGAUGUACCUGGACUUCCAUGGUGGUUUUUGGGUAAUCUGAGAAACAAGUCCAGAAGCAAUGCUUCUACUGAUAUACAAACCAAUCAGGAUGUAGAUACUGCUGUUGUUUCAGAUACAACAGAUGACUUGUGGUUCAUCAAUGAAGCCGCUUCAGAGCAAUCAGGUGUCACAGUCCCAAUGAAGACAAUUGAUUGUGAACAGGCAAAUGAAGAAGGAAAAGAGAGUAACAAAAUGGUAAGUGAAGUUACAUCCUCAGAUGACUUUGAAGAUUCACAGUCCUUAAGUGAUGACACAGACAUCGAAGUUACCCCUGAGGAUGGUUGGCAGUGCACCAAAUGCAAGAAGUUGAACUCCCCCAUCAAACGAUACUGCGUACGCUGCUGGGCCUUAAGGAAAGACUGGUUCUUUGAUUGCCCCAAACUAAAACAUUCUGUCUCCACAUCCAACAUUGCUUCACUGCAAAGUACAGAGGAGGCAGAAGGGAUGGAUGUCCCAGACUGCCGAAGAACAGUAUCUGCUCCAAUCGUACGCCCUAAAGACCUGUGCAGUUCAGACGUAACUUGUAGCUCAAGCCCUAAAAGCUCCAUGGAUUCUUUAGAUGUGGCACAGUUGUGUGAACAAAGAAAACCUUUGCUGCAGUUAGGUAAGCGGAAAGAAAAGGAAGAGGAAGAAGCUCAAUCCCUCGAGAGUUGCAAAGAAUUGCUGAAACCUUGCCUUAUGUGUCAGAAGAGGCCACGGAACGGCAAUAUUGUCCAUGGAAAGACAGCUCAUCUUGUGGCAUGUUUUCCAUGUGCCAGAAUGUUAAAAAAGAUGCGAUCACCUUGUCCUCUGUGUAAGAAACAGAUUCACGUUGUGAUCAAGACUUACAUAGCAUAGCUGUUUCACUUGCUGAGGGCUGUAAAGGAUACAGCUUUUAGCAUUACAUAUGUAAUGAGAUGGUGCUUACAGUUGUUUAUUUUCUGUUUACAUUAGGAUCCCAUAUCCACAAGGACAUGCUCUUACCAAGACCUCAGUUACCUGAAAGUACAGAUAUGACUAAAUGCCAUUAAAUUAUUUAACUCCCAGGUUUAGCAUACCAUAACUUUGAGUGUAGGUCUAGAGCAGGCAUUGGCAAACUUCAGCCCUCCAGGUGUUUUGGACUCAACUUCCACAAUUCCUAACAGUCUCAGCCCACCCC